UCCAGCUGAACAAGCACCUGGAAGCCCAACCUUGGGCAGCAGAUGUUCUCUGGCCAGGCCCUGGGAGACUCAAGGCUGGUCCUCUGCAGCCUCUGCUGGCUGUGACUUGUUUAGCUGAGGUGGGCCCACUGGCUAGGUGGUGGAGGGUAGGAAACAGAGGAGGUCAGCUGAACAUGAGGGCUCUGUUUGGUGGAGGGGCUCCUGCUGGGUGGGCACAAGGUUGAGAGAAGAGCCAGGUAGGAUGGUGAGCAGGCGUGGAGACCAGAAUGGGGCUGGUGGGCCCGCAGUCCACUCACCAGAGAGAGGGCGUGCAUGGGAUUGGGGAGUGGGCUGAGGCCUUCAGCACCCACCUUGGCUGUCUUGUGUGCCUGGGGAAAAGGAUCCAGGGGUACUUCAGGUAGACUGCUGCUGCAUGGGGCCUGAGUGAGAGGGGUGAGAGCCCCGAGGGGAAAGAUGUCUCCAAGGUGCCAGUGUCUGGCAGCCUGUGAGCCAGCAGUGGUUCCUGGUGCCAUAAUUGGCCCCCCGAGAGGAAUGUCGUCAGCCUCCUUCCUCCUGCACAGGCCACUUCUCCUUGGGGACAUGCCCUGGCUCCUGAUCCUCAGCACACCUUGAGACUAUAUGACCGAUCCCUUCUGUGUUGGAGGAGGCCGCCGGCUCCAGGGGUCCAGCAAAAGUGGACCUGGGAAGGGUAGCAGCCGAAAAGAAGUCCGACUUCCCAUGCUGCAGGACCCACCAAAGCUGGGGAUGCCGGUGGUCCACAGUGGACAGACGGUGCCUGGCCAGGCCCCGCUGUGCUUUGACCCAGGAAGUCCAGCCAGCGACCGGACAGAAGGGAAGAAAAAGGGGCGGCCGAAAGCUGAGAACCAGGCACUCCGAGACAUUCCUCUCUCCCUUAUGAACCAGUGGAAGGAUGAGUUCAAGGCACACUCAAGGGUGAAGUGUCCAAACUCGGGAUGCUGGCUGGAGUUCCCCAGCAUCUACGGGCUCAAGUACCAUUACCAACGGUGCCAAGGGGGUGCCAUCUCAGAUAGGCUGGCCUUCCCUUGCCCCUUCUGCGAGGCCGCAUUCACCUCCAAGACUCAGCUGGAGAAACACCGGAUUUGGAAUCAUAUGGACCAUCCCCUGCCUACCCCGAAGCCUGGCCCAGUCAGCCGACCAGUGACCAUCAGCCGGCCUGUUGGAGUCAGCAAGCCCAUCGGAGUGAGCAAGCCAGUCACUAUUGGAAAGCCAGUCGGAGUCAGCAAGCCCAUUGGCAUCAGCAAGCCAGUCACAGUCACCAGGCCUGUGCCAGUCACAAGGCCCGUGCCAGUCACCAAGCCUGUCACAAUCAGCAGGCCCAUACCAGUUACCAAGGCCAUGCCUGUCACCAGGCCUGUGCCAGUCACCAAGCCCAUUCCAGUCACCAAACCUGUGCCAGUCACCAAACCUAUGCCAGUCUCCAAGUUUGUGACAGUUACAAAACCCGUGCCGGUCACCAAGCCAGUGCCAGUCAGCAGGCCCAUUGUGGUCAGCAAGCCAGUGCCGGUCAGCAGGCCUGUUGCCAUCAGCAGACACACACCACCCUGCAAAAUGGUACUACUGACCAAGUCUGAGAACAAAGCACUGCGUGCCCCAGGGAAGAGCAGCGGUAAGAAAAGGGCUGCAGACAGCCUGGACACCUGCCCCAUCCCACCCAAGCAGGCCAGACCAGAAAAUGGGGAGUAUGGCCCAUCUACCACAGGCCAGAGUAUGGCCUUCCAGCUGAGCACGGACCCCAGCAAUAGCUCCCUGCUGCUGGGAAGCAGGCCCUCGAUGGGGAAGGAAGUGCUGCGGCCUACAGGCCCUUUGUUCCCACCUGAGGAAGACCCAGAACGCACAAAGCACAGAAGGAAACAGAAAACACCCAAGAAAUUUACAGGGGAGCAGCCAUCCAUCUCAGGGACCUUUGGGCUCAAAGGCCUAGCCAAAGCCGAGGACAAGGCCCGAAUUCACCGCUCCAAGAAGCAGGAGGGGCUGGGCCCAGAGGAUGUACGCAAGAAGGUGCCGACUACCCCCAUCACUGUCAGCAAGGAGGCGUCAACUCCUGUGACCCACCCUGCCCCAGGUGGCCCUGAAGAGCAGUGGCAGCGAGCCAUCCAUGAGCGGGGGGAGGCUGUGUGUCCCACUUGCAAUGUGGUCACCAGGAAGACUCUUGUGGGACUUAAGAAGCACAUGGAGGUUUGUCAGAAGCUACAAGAUGCACUCAAGUGCCAGCACUGUCGGAAGCAGUUCAAGUCGAAGGCUGGCCUCAACUACCACACCAUGGCUGAGCACAGUGCCAAGCCCACUGAUGCUGAAGCCUCAGAGGGAAGUGAGCAGGAGGAGCGGGAGCGGCUGCGCAAGGUGCUGAAACAAAUGGGGAGGCUGCGCUGCCCCCAGGAGGGCUGUGGGGCUGCCUUCUCUAGCCUCAUGGGCUAUCAGUACCACCAGCGACGCUGCGGGAAGCCGCCCUGCGAGGUAGACACUCCCUCCUUUCCCUGUGCCCACUGUGGCAAGACUUACCGCUCCAAGGCUGGUCAUGACUACCAUGUGCGCUCGGAGCACACGGCUCCGCCCCCUGAGGAAUCCAUGGACAAGACCUCUGAGGUGGAGGACCUGCUGGGUGUGGAACGGACCCCAAGUGGUCGUAUUCGCCGCACAUCUGCCCAGGUUGCUGUGUUUCACCUGCAGGAGAUUGCAGAAGAUGAGCUGGCUCGUGACUGGACCAAGCGGCGCAUGAAGGAUGACCUUGUGCCUGAGACUGCACGGUUGAACUACACUCGGCCAGGCCUCCCUACACUCAACCCACAGCUACUGGAGGCGUGGAAGAAUGAAGUCAAAGAGAAAGGCCACGUAAACUGCCCCAAUGAUUGCUGUGAAGCCAUCUACUCCAGUGUGUCUGGUCUCAAGGCCCAUCUUGCCAGCUGUAGCAAGGGGGACCACCUGAUAGGGAAGUACCACUGCCUGCUGUGUCCCAAAGAGUUCAGCUCUGAGAGCGGUGUCAAGUACCACAUCCUCAAGACUCAUGCAGAGAACUGGUUCCGGACCUCAGCAGAUCCACCCCCUAAACAUAGGAGCCAGGACUCCUUUGUGCCCAGGAAAGAGAAAAAGAAAAGUCUAGGGGGUGGGAAGAAGCGGGGCCGCAAGCCCAAGGAACGGCCCCCUGAGGAGCCUGUGCCCAAGCUGCCCCCACGCCGGGAUGACUGGCCCCUGGGAGGCAGAGACAAGGGGGCUCGGGGAUCCACUGGGCGGAAGGUGGGAGCUGGCAAGGCAUCUGAAAAGUGAUUCUAGUCGGUGAGGCCCGGCCCCCAUGCCGGCCACUGAGCCCCACUCUGUGAUGCAGAGGAACCAGCUAUAGACCUGAUCUCCAUCCCCCAAACCCUGUCCAUCUGUCCUGUGAGGGUGGCCGGCCACUCUUCCCCUCCUGUUCAGGCUGCCUCAGGGCACACCUGGGCUGGUCUCUCCCAGGGUGCCAGGGCAGCAGCAGAAGUGCAAUAGCGGGGGGCGGGGAGGCCAGCCCUUCCUGGGAGAACAUUCGCAGACCUGGCAGGGGCAGGGGCCUUGGCACCAGGGAUAAUACAGUGCAGAGCAGUCAGAGGCCUUUGGCCCGUCUUUACUUCCUCAGACCCAGUUAGGUCCCUAUCCUUGCUUCGCAAGGCUCCUGCUGACCUGUGGCUCUGGGCUGACCAGGGCACUUCAGGAGCCUUGCGUGCUACCAUUUGGGCCUCACCUCAACCCAACACUGGAACUCCAGUACCCCCAGCUACCUCCCAGGACAGACCCCGUCUGACCACUGCCACACUGACCUAAUAACCCACUUGGCUGCCCGUGUCCACCCACUCUGGUUCCUCUGCUUCUGUUUUCUACCUCUCUGGGCCUGUUCCUCCCACUCCCACUCUGGGCCCCCAUCCCCCAUGUAGUCCCUGCUGUGCUUCAGGCCCCUCACCCCUGGCGGUCAUCCUAAUGGGGCUUUCCUGCAUGACCUCCAGCAGUGCAUACUGCUUGGGACAAGGGAGGGACCCUACUUAAUUCCACUGGCAGGGGCUGGAGGCCCAGACCACAGGGGAAGGCUAGCAUGUCUGUCUCCCUGGAGCCAGGACUGGGCAAAAGAUGCUCAGCUAUGAGGAGUCAAUCCUGAGGGAGACAGCCUCCGUGUUCCAGACUACUGGCCCAGGGGCUGAGCUGUGGAAGUCCUGCCCUUUCAUUUCUUUAUCUGCCCCUGUACAUCUGGUGGCACGGUCAUUUGAUACAGAAACUGAAGGCCAGUGAGGGGAGGGGUCGUGGACAAGGUGGCAGCUUUAGGGCUAUGUCUUCCCUUUUGGGGCCCUGAGGACAGGAGAGUGCAGGCUGGGCAAGGGUCAGGCAGUGACCCCAGGAUGCCUGGAGGAGGUAGCCAUACAGCUUCUGACCACCUCCUUAGUUGCACCUUCCAACACUGGUACAGGGAGGAAGAUGCUUAGAGGAACUCUUGGGCUGAGGCCAUCUUCCAGUUGGGGGUGGGGGUGGGCUGAGGGCUCUGCCUCACUGAUCCUGGAUGAUGUGAAUUUUGAUAUUUGCCUGUGUGCGUGUCUCCUGGGUGUAGUGGAUGCCAGUCUUGUUGCUGUGACAAGUAACAACUUUUUAAAAUUCUGUUUUUUAUACAAAAAUUUCACAACAAUCUGACAUUUUGGUGCUAAGGGUUUCCUGGUGCCGAAGAUGGGCCUAAGCUGGGCCAGGACUGUGGCCAGGCUUCUCUCCUGCUCAGGGGGCUGUGUUAACUGGGUAACCCCUCUCGCAGCAGGGGUGGGGAGCUCCACUUGGGCCUUCCCUGCCUGCAGUAGAGAAAGCAGCUCCAGAGGGCUUUGGAGGUGCUGUGCUCUUGUCUGGGAAGGCUAACUGGACAGCCCAGAGAGGGUGUGUAUUACUCCUGCACACACUUUGAUCUUGUUCAGAGCAUGGCAGCUAGGCAGAAAUGGAUUUGAUGUAGUAUCAAAGGUUAGGCUGGGACUCUGGAGCAAGGAGGGCUGUCCUAUAUUCUGAGUGCUACAGUGGUGUGCAGCUGGGGAAUGGGGAGAGGAGAGAGGCCCUGGUGCACUUUGCCCUCUUUACCUAUGGUGAAGGAGGUUAGACCCCCCAACACCUUUCUGCAGGGUAUGGUUGCCUGCCCUAGCCUCUCAGGUACGUGGCACUUGAGGGGAGGAGGGUGACCUAUUUUUUUGCUGGGGGGCGAGUUUCCAGGACACUUCUCAAAGCCCACAGGUAGUCCCUGGUGUGGGAAGUGGGGGUCCUGGAUAACUUGAUGUUUAGCACUUUAACUCCCUUCUUUGUCUUUGAAGUGGACCUGGGGGGAUGCUGCCAGUAGUGGCUGUUGGGUCGGACCCCUCCCUCUCCCUCCUCCUCUCUGACACUAGCUAGUCUGUAGAGUCCUCAGCCCUAGUGGGUAGGGCCCUGGGCAAGGCUCUGCAGGGUCUGUCCCCCACCCAUUCAGGGCCAGGUGACCACUGGCCUCCAUAGACAGUUAAAAAGGACCAGCGUGGCAGACCCCCCAGGGUCUGGUGAGCAUGGACCUUGGAGGCUCAUACCCUGGGACCUUGGCAAAAUGCGACAGUCGGGGUCUUACUCUGCAGAUCUACCUCUGGCUCUGUGCAAGCCCUGUCCUCAGAGCAGAAAAGUGCCCAAGGGGCUGACACAACACACACACAUACAAAAAUUGGAUGCACUUUAUAUGCUUCUGUACAGGCAGAUGAGGGUGUAUCCUAGGUUCUAGUGGGCCUUCCUAUCCCUUUGGUGAUUCUAAAGGGAGACGCCGGGAGGGAGAGGCUGUCUCUGUGAGUGGGUUCAGGAGGGUUAAGGCCAUGCGUCCUAAACUUUAGGUAUCUUGGUUUAUUGUUUUUUUAACGCAGUUCUCAGUACACAAGUGCAUUUUGAAAGACAGGUUCCAGCUAUCACUUGUAACCAUAUAUAUAUACAUAUAUAUUCUAUCUACAAAGUGUUUAUUUGCAAGAUGUUUUGACGGUGAGCUUGGGCCCUGCCCACCUUGUGACCAUCUGUCCCCAUCCUCGUCCCCGCCCCGCCUCCUAGAUGAGAGUGGCGGGGGCAGGCCAUCAACUGUAUGUAUUAGAAAUGACUGUAUCAAAUAAAUGUUUAUUGAUUUCUUUUCCAGGG